AUGAAGUAUCCGGAUAUAUUCAACCCCGACCUCUCCCGCAUCGGAAGACGUGACUCGCAGACGUACAAUGUGGUCGCCGGCAUACUCGUAACGGACGUGAUCAAGACCUCGCUGGGACCGCGGGGGAUGGAGAAGGUGUACAUAGACAUACUUGGCGAGGCGACCGUAACAAAGCACGGGGGGGCAUUCCUGCGAAAGCUGGACGUUGACCAUCCUGCUGCAAAGGCGGUGGUGGAUGCGGUCAACACCGUGGACACACACGUUGGCGACGGCACCAUCUCGGCCGCGGUCCUGAUGGGCGCCAUGCUCAGGCAGUCAAAGGAGCUGCUCGGCAGGGGGUUUCCAACCGCGGUUAUCACAAGGGGUUUUGAGGAGGGCAUGAAGUACGCGCUGGAGGCACUGGACGAGAUCAGGAUCGAGGCCGAUGCCGGGGACAGGGCGAUGAUGCGCAGCCUUGCAGUCUCAUGCCUUGAGGGUAAGGCGCUGUUUGAUGCUCUGCCCGACGGCCGUAUGGCAGACGUGUUCAUCGACGCGGUAUGCCAGGUAGCCGAUCUUGAGCGCGGGACGGUCAAUACGGACGACAUAAAGAUCGAGGAGAAGCCCGGAGAUCCUGCCGACAUUCGGCUGGUGAGGGGAACGGUGAUCGACAAGCCGGCAGACAACCCGGGGAUGCCGCGCACCGUCGGCAACGUGAAGGUCCUCCUGCUAAACGAUCCGCUUGAGACGAUGCGAACCAAGGCCGAGUCUGAGAUCGAGAUAACAUCCCCAGAGCAGAUGGGCCGGUUUGCCUCACAGGAGGAUCUCGACGUCCUUGCGACCGUCAAAAAGGUCGUUGACUCCGGGGCCGGAUUAGUGGUGUCAAGAAAGGGGAUCAGCGGGCUGGCCCAAGAGCGCCUCGCGCGGGAGGGGAUCAUGUCUGUUCGCAGGGCCAAGUACAAUGAUCUGUGGUGGCUGGAAAAGUCGACCGGAGCCAAGGUCUGCAGGAGCGUUGAGGGCAUCUCUGGUGGCGAGCUGGGAUUCGCAGGCAGGGUCCACGAGGAGAGCGUCGGCGGCGACAGGAUGGUGUUUGUCGAGUCCGAAGAUCCAGGAUCGGUUACGAUCCUCCUGCGGGCAGGCUCCAAGCGCCAUCUGGACGAGUUCCACCGCACCGCCCUGAAUGCCAUUUGCGUGCUCCGAAACUUUAUCGAGUCCCCGUUCAUAGUGUAUGGAGGCGGAUCCUGCGAGGCGAUCAUGGCAAAAAAGAUCAGGGAGCGAGCCCCAUGCCUGGAGGGAAAGGAGCAGGUGGUGGUAGAGCGGUUCGCCGACGCCUUGGAAGAGAUUCCGAUGACGCUUGCGCGCAAUCUGGGGAUGAGCGCGCUUGAUGCGCUGCCCGCGAUGAGAUCAAUGUAUGCGGUAGCCGGCAACGGCUGCUGGUACGGCGUAAACGCAGGCACCAGGGAGCUGGACGACAUGGCCGGCACCGUGGUCGAGUCGCUGGCCGUAAAGCAGCAGGUUGUCAAGACUGCCGUCGAGGCAGCCAACAUGAUCCUGAACGUGGAUGACGUCUUUGUGAAGGAUCUGAUCGACAAUACGCACUGCCACAUCGAUGGGACCGUUCACGCCCACAAGGAGCCCGGAAGAAACCACAACCACUGGGAGCAGGAGGGGCUGGAGCAGCGGCAGAUGCACCACUACUACUGA